GGGAGGCUGAUGACAUCUACUGACUGGCUGCUGCACCUGGACUUCCACAGAGCGAUCUAAAAGAGGCAGACUGGAAGCAGUGCAGAGGUGCACAAAGAGACCACCUUGAAGGGAAAUCAAGUCUAAAAAAUAGCUGAUCAUGGACUACGCUGAAGGUAUCUUGUCACUUACCACAACCAUCAAAAAGAUGGCUGACACUAUGAAAUCCAAUAAGGAGCGCUGCAGAAGGAUUACAGAAAGAGUCAAAGCUGUGGAAAGGCUGGUUUUAAACAUCACACAGAGUGAUCCAAGCCAAAUAUCUGAUACUGUUGAUGGAGCUCUGAGGGAACUCUACGUCAUCUUGAAUUCUGCCAAGGAUCUGAUAGCAAAAUUCUCACAAACCAAGUCUGUUAAGACCUUCUUCAAGGCUGGAAACAUUGAAGAAAAGUUCAGCGAGGUGAACCAAAGGCUCACAGAGAACUUCCAGGUCCUUUCUGGUGCUCUGCAGAUUGAGCACACCACCAUGCUGCAAAAGGUGUAUGAAGCUGUUUCAAAACAAAGUACUGAGGAAGAGGUUUGCAGUAUGAUGGCUAAUACUAGUCUCACACCCCUGAUGCUUCCCUCUUCUCCAGUGUCAAGUCCCACAGCUUCUAUAUUUCCCCCUUCUCCAGUGUCACGCCCGCUAUAUCCUGAGCUUCCUCCCACACCUGUGUCCAGUCCUACAGCUUCUGUGCUUCCGCCUCUUCCAGUGCCCAGUCCUAUAGGUUUUAUACUUCCACCUGCUCCAUUGUCCAGUCCUACAGCUUCUAUGAGUCAGCCUGCUCCAUUGUCAGGGUCUCUAUAUCCUCAGCUUCCUCCCACACCAGUGUCUAGCCCUACAAAUCUUAUACUUCCCUCCAUGCCAGUGUCUGCACCUUUUGCAGCCCAGCCUCUCUACAAUACUACAACAUCUCACUUUAUCGUUAACAACAACAUAGCCUCCACCCCUGUCAUUCAAGCCAUUUCCCAGGGGUCAGUCACUGACAACGCGAACACCAUGCCUGUCUUCAGAACUGUUCGCUCAAAACCCACCAGCUCAUGUGGUCAAGAAGCUAUGUUAAACUAAAAAAAACCCACAAAGGUUUUUCUAAGGAAGUUUGUUAAACUUGUUUACAGUUAAGAAUGAAACUAAACAUAAGACUGCAGUCAAGGUCAAUUUGGGACCAUCUUGCAAUGGGUUCACAUCAACCACAUCAUGAGCGAAGCCUUCUUUUCGAUGUCAGCUACACAGUUAUGCUGAGUUUUGUGACUAUUUGGUCAUUUUAAUCUUUAAAGCGGACCCAUUAUCACUCAUUUGUAUUUGUCUGUGUUUCUCCUGAUUGGCUGCCAUUGUGAACAAAGUUGGUGCAGCUGGUGGCUGGGACUUCUGCCCGACAUGACCUUAUUAGGGUUAUACCCUCUCACUGGUGUCACAUGCAGCAAAGAAUAGAAAAAACACCAUGUGAAGCAUCAUGAAGGCUGAGCUUUGUGCUCACAGAGAUUACUUGUACUUACCCAGAUCAUCAUUUGAAACUUUGGUUUAAAAGUUUAAAAUGAGCAUCCACCAUCGAAACGCGAUAUAUAAGUGGUCACAUCUGACUGCAAAAAAACAAAUAUACAAGCAGCUAAAAUGCAAAUAUUGAUGCUCUAAGUGACAGCAUGGUGUGUCUUUACAUCUUUUAUAUACAGUCUGUGGUUACGACUUAAUAAGGCAAUUUUAUGAUUUUAAAAAAUCCAGAAAGGCUAGCAGCUAAUAGAUAAUAAUAAAAAGAGUUGUGAGUACUUUGUUUUGGGAAAAUAUCUUCUUAGAUUGGGGGGAAUCACUUCUGUAAUCUCUCCUGAA